CCUAAAGAGGGAGAGGUGCCGGGCGUGGACUACAACUUUAUUAGUGUGGAUGCGUUUAUGGAAUUAGAGAAGAGUGGGGCCCUGCUAGAAAGCGGAACUUAUGAAGAAAAUUACUACGGCACUCCUAAGCCUCCAGCUGAACCGGCCCCUCUUCUGAUAAAUGCAACAGACCAUUUCUUUCCUGGCGGCAUUCCAAGAGUCGAGGGGAAACGUAAGCGCAAUAAGUCUGUAAGCAACAUGGAGAAGACGGGGAUUGAACCUCCCGAAGAGGAAGAAGAAGAAAGACCUGUGGUAAACGGAAAUGGGAUCUCUGUAACACCAGAAUCAAGUGAACAUGAAGACAAGAGUACAGAUGCCUCAGGUGAGAUUUCAUCCCAGCCUUAUUCUACACCAAUGUACUGCCAGCCAGAAGAAUCCAAGAAUAGUGCAGACAAUAAGAAGUAUCAAAAGCCAGAUGAAAAUGAUGACCUGGGGUCUUUGCCAGAUAACUGGGAGAUGGCAUACACCGAGAAGGGAGAAGUGUACUUUAUCGACCACAACACAAAGACAACGUCAUGGCUGGAUCCGCGAUUAGCAAAAAAAGCUAAACCCCCAGAAGAGUGCAGAGAGAAUGAGCUUCCCUAUGGAUGGGAGAAGAUUGAUGAUCCUAUAUAUGGCACAUACUAUGUUGAUCACAUAAACAGAAGAACUCAAUUUGAAAAUCCUGUGUUAGAAGCUAAAAGGAAGCUUCAACAGCACAACAUGCCCUCCACGGAAAUGGGAAGCCAGCCCAUGCAGGCCCACGUAUUUAGAGAGAAGCCGCUUUUUACCCGAGAUGCAUCACAGCUGAAGGGGACUUUUUUAUCGACCACACUAAAGAAGAGUAACAUGGGAUUUGGGUUUACUAUUAUUGGUGGGGAUGAACCGGAUGAAUUUUUGCAAGUAAAAAGUGUUAUUCCAGAAGGGCCGGCUGCACAGGAUGGCAAGAUGGAAACAGGUGAUGUCAUUGUCUAUAUUAAUGAAGUUUGUGUCCUUGGGCAUACACAUGCAGAUGUUGUUAAACUCUUCCAAUCAGUUCCUAUCGGUCAAAGUGUCAACUUGGUGCUAUGUCGGGGAUAUCCUUUGCCCUAUGACCCUGAAGACCCUGCAAGUAGCUUGGUUCCACCAAUAGCUGUAAUAGAAAGACCUCCUGUGGUGGUAAAUGGAAGAAAUAACUAUGAAACUUAUUUGGAAUAUAUUUCUAGGACGUCUCAAUCUGUACCAGAUGUAGCAGAACGACCUUUGCCUUCUUUGCACACCAUUCCAGCAGAUAGUCAGCUUGAAAAUACAUUUCCACCACCUCCACCUACACAUGAUGACAACGUAUCAAUGGCUUCAUCUGGAGCUACACAAGCAGAACUUAUGACCUUAACCAUUGUGAAAGGGGCACAGGGCUUUGGCUUCACAAUAGCAGACAGUCCAACAGGACAGAGAGUGAAGCAAAUUUUAGACGUUCAGGGAUGUCCUGGUUUAUUUGAAGGGGACCUUAUAGUUGAGAUCAACCAGCAGAAUGUACAGAAUCUGAACCAUUUAGAAGUAGUAGAACUACUUAAGGACUGUCCUGUGGGAAAUGAGACGUCUUUGGUAAUUCAUAGAGGAGGUUUUUUUUCUCCAUGGAAAAGUUCAAAGCCUGUAAUGGAACGAUGGGAAAAUCAAGGAAGCCCCCAGACGAGUUUAUCAGCGCCAUCUCUACCACCAAAUCUCCCAUUUCCACCAACGCUACAUAGGAGUUCAUUACCUGAUUCCACAGAUGCCUUUGAUCCAAGAAAACCUGACCCCUAUGAACUCUAUGAGAAAUCAAGAGCAAUUUAUGAAAGUAGGCAGCAAGUACCGCCCAGAGCUGGUUUCAGAGUGGACCCUGCUGGCCCAGAUUACAAAGAGUUGGAUGUUCAUCUUCGGCGCCAAGAGUCAGGAUUUGGAUUCCGAAUUCUUGGAGGAGAUGAGCCGGGUCAACCUAUCUUAAUUGGAGCUGUAAUAGCAAUGGGUUCUGCUGAUAGAGACGGGCGACUACGUCCUGGUGACGAGUUGGUGUAUGUAGAUGGAAUCCCCGUUGCUGGCAAGACCCACCGAUACGUGAUUGAUUUAAUGCAUAAUGCUGCUCGCAAUGGACAAGUCAAUCUUACUGUGAGAAGAAAGGUGCUAUCUAUAGGAGAAACCUGUCCAGAGAAUGGCAGAAGUCCAGGCUCUGUGUCAACACAUCACAGUUCUCCUAGAAGUGACUCUGCUUAUCCAAACAGCAACCAUAUAGCUCCGUGUAAUACUUCCCCUCCUGAGGGCUUCAGUUCACAAAGCAUGCCUUCCAGCGACGUGGUCAUCCAUCGCAAAGAAAAUGAAGGCUUCGGGUUUGUCAUCAUUAGCUCUUUGAACCGGCCAGAAUCUGGAGCCACAAUAGCUGUACCGCAUAAAAUCGGACGCAUUAUUGAGGGAAGCCCUGCGGAUCGCUGUGGAAGGCUGAAAGUUGGAGACCGGAUCUUAGCUGUGAAUAGCCAGUCUAUUAUUAACAUGCCUCAUGCAGAUAUUGUAAAACUGAUUAAAGAUGCGGGGUUAAGUGUAACGCUUUGCAUCGUUCCUCAGGAGGAAUUAAACAGCCCAGCUUCGGCACCAAGCUCAGAAAAGCAAAGCCCUAUGGCACAGCAGCACAGCCCAAUGGCACAGCAGAGCCCUGUAGCGCAGAACAGUCCUGUGUCACAGCCGCUGCCACCACAGCCACUACAGCUGCAAGGGCAUGAAAGCAGCUACAGGUCGGAGGUAAAAGCCAGACAGGAUGUAAAGCCUGACAUCAGGCAACCACCAUUUACAGAUUAUCGUCAGCCAUCAACAGACUAUAGGCAGCCUCCUGUAGACUAUCGACACCCACCUGUAGUGGAUUACCAGCAACCUCCUCCUAUGGACUACAGGCAACCACCUCUAAUAGAAUAUAGGCAGCAUUCCCCGGAUACCAGGCAAUAUCCGCUUCCUGAUUAUAGACAAUUCCAGGAUUUUGAUUAUUUCACUGUUGAGAUGGAGAAAGGUGUUAAGGGAUUUGGAUUUAGCAUACGUGGAGGAAGAGAAUACAAGAUGGAUUUGUACGUGUUAAGGCUGGCAGAAGAUGGCCCUGCAAUAAGAAAUGGACGUAUGAGGGUAGGUGAUCAAAUCAUUGAAAUUAACGGGGAAAGCACAAGAGAUAUGACACAUGCCAGAGCGAUAGAGCUAAUUAAAUCCGGAGGCAGGAGAGUAAAAUUAUUACUGAAACGUGGAACAGGACAGGUUCCGGAAUACGACGAACCAAACUCCUGGAGUUCACCCUCUACCACCUCCCCAGGGCCGGAAGUAGGAAUUUCUCUUGAUGACAUGAUUGUGCCAUUAUCUUCAUCACAUUCAGCCUUGCCCUCUGAUCCUACUCACCAGAUACACCCAGAGCCAGCUUGGGAUAUCUACAGGGAACAAGACAUGGGAAAACCAAAGGAGCUUCCUGCAAAUGGUCAUAAAAAGAAAAGAUUGGGAGAGUCAAGGGAGAGAUCAGCAAGCCCUAAGAAAGUAGACAGGUCCAAGCGUGAGGAGGGUUUAAAAAAGGAACUGAUAGAGGGCAAACUGAAAAAAACAGAGAGUGUCACGACCAUUUCUGCAGUGACUGUGAAAAAACUUGUUGGUGAAGGAGGAGAGUGUGGGUAUUCCGCAGCCAGCGAUGGUGGAGGUCGGACAUCCAGGUCUACAGAAGCAAACAAGGAAGGGAACUUCUGUACAAAAGACAUAUACAAAGAUACAACCACUGAGAAAAAAUCAGUGGCAGCUCUUGAGCAGAGCAAGUCGGAUUCAUGUGGUGUCUCAAAGAUGUACAGUAGCAAUAUGUCCAGCUCUCGAGUGAGUGCCAUGGACCAAGAUGAGAGAGAUGCCGAGGCCAAAUGUAGCGAGUUCCACAAGGAAGGGCGUCUACAUUCCAGCAACGCACGCAGCAUCAACACUGCACCCAGAAAGGCAACUGUCUCACCAGGACCAUGGAAAAUCCCUGGCUCUGAUAAGCUACCUAGUACCCUGAAAUCUGGCACAUCAGCCAUGAGCAGAUAACUGAAUACAUGACUGUUUCCCUCUAACUGUGUCACGUAGACUUUGAACAUUAUUCUUAGCUUCUGUACUUCAUUAUUUAAUUUCAGUUUAAUUUUUUAUUUUACUUUUUUGUCUUUUUAUUUAUUUUAUCUCACACCUGUAUACCUACACAAAGCAUCUGGGACCAGAAGCAUAUGUUUUCUAAUUCCAUAAGGUUGUGCGCAGUGUCCAACAACAGAAACAAGUACAAUAAAUAUUAUGUACAACUGUUUAUGGAGCCCUACGUUGGGCUCUAGCAGCUAUGAAAGAACCAAAACAAGAAAAAAGCGCACCUGAGGUAGGCAGUGCAGUGUAGCUUUAGUAUUACUUUCACUGUAUGAAGGAUAUAGGACAUACUCCAGUAUUGUCUGUAGCGAGAUAACGGACACACUUAGAGCAAUCACAAACUGGAACUUCGCCUUAAAUAAAACUGCACUGAGUAAGAUGAAGGAGAAAACGAAUUAUGCCUUGUAAUUCGACGAUGGUAUUGUAAAUAUAUUGCUUUCAACAUAUCUAGACAGGGGUUAAGGUAUUUCUCUUAGAUUUUGGAUCACACAUCAUAAUGUGUCCAUUAAGAACAUAUCUGUAUAAACCCGCCUAAUACAAGCAGUGUGUAUAGAUAGAGUAUAUGCUGCCGAUUACAUUGAAGAUAUAGUGUAUUGAUUGAUGUGACUCCAUUUUAACGGUAUUUUUGUGAACAACCAACUUUUCUGGACAUUUUAAAGAAAGAUUAUUUGGGGUACUCCUGAGAAAUAGUUUGUACAGGUAUGAUUUUUACACAUUAGAUCAUAAAAUACAUGAAUCAAAGCUGUGAGCAGUGGUUUCAAGCAAAAUCCAAUAUUUAAAAAUAAGAAGAUGAUCAAGACAGAACUCUCAACAUACUGUACCUGGUCUGAAUCACUUUCAAGAAUGCCUCUUAACAGGAAAUCUAUCCAGUUAUUUUGAGCAUCCAAAGCUUUUUGUAAAACGAAAAAAAUAUAGAUUAUGUUAUAUCCUGGCUAUAUGAGCAAUACUAGAACCUUUUUUUCCACUAUUAUCUUCAGCUCACUUUAAGGCCUAAACAUGUAAAUUGUGACUUAAUGAUCAUCUCUUAAGAAUAGUUAAGAUAUCAAUCCAUGUAUUUUAGCAGCUAAUGGGCCAGCACAUAGCUGUUUUGUGGAAUGUUACACUGUAUCAGUUAGAAAUUAACUGUCUUAAAUGACCACUCCAGAACGCAUAACUAUUUAUUCAGUUUGCCCAAACUUCAGAGGUUUUCCCGUCUUGCCUUAUACUCAUACAUAUAAUUUGCUGGAUUGCAUUAUGCACAGACAAGUGGAGAAGACGUUUGAAGAGACAAUUGCACUUUGAAAGCUUGUAGUAUAUUUAUUAUUCGAUUAAGAACAGUUUAUUGAGAGUCAUAUUUUCUUUAGCAAAUUCUAUUGAAAUAUCUGAGAAAUAUAUAUAUAUCCAUAAAUUUGCAGAGAGAAAAAGGUGCAAUGCAUUUCACAAUACUAAUAGUGCUUUACUUCAAAUAUGCAUUUUUUUUCUUACAGGUCUACAGUUCUGCAAAUAUUUUUUUCAAGUAACUGUUUUAGUAAGCAAAGCACCAACUAUUUUCUUUUAUACAUAUGUGCGUCUCUGAAAAAAAAAUUGGCAUUUUGAUGAAUGCAAGUUAAUAAUGAAUAUUCAGCUUUAAAAUAAAAGUUUCCAUCAAGAAUAAAGCACAAGUAUAAAGCAUUUUACAGAUUUUCAUAUACUAAUCCCUGCCUGUAGCUCCCAAAUUAGGCAUUAAAAAUGCUAAAUCUGGGUUCAAAAUGCUUCUUUCUGUAGUGUUAAGUGCACGUCCCGAUUUUCUUAUUUCUUGUUUGCCAUAUGUAAACUAAAUGAUAACGAAAACAAAUAUAAUGAGACUAAGCUUGCAUAGUCUAAUUUGCACAGUUAACUGUGCAAUAAUUGUUUUAUGCAGAACAAAUCGAUAACCUGUGAAAAACAGCACGCCAUUUAAAUCUCAUUCCAAAUAAUAUUUGUGUAGUGUUAGCUGUGAAUUUAACUUGUACAGCGGUAUCUCUAUAAAUACAAUUCCAUUUAUUAAUAAUCACAGAAAAGGCUGUAAGCAAGCAACUAUUUUUAUGAAACGCACCAAUACGGUUAAAUUAACUUUUACAUAAAUCUUGUUUACUGUAUGAUAUUCUAAAACACUGUCAAAUAAAAUAUAUAUCCAAAAAUA